AUGAAUCGGUACAUCACUCUAAAUCAGUUGGGUGAUGGCACAUAUGGCACAGUUGUCCUCGGACAGAGGAAAGACACUGGCGAAAAAGUGGCUAUCAAACGCAUGAAACGGAAAUAUUACUCUUGGGAAGAAGCAAUGAGUCUGCGUGAGGUCAAAUCAUUGAAAAAACUUUCACACGCAAAUGUGGUAAAGCUGAAGGAGGUGAUCCGAGAGAACGACAUAUUGUAUUUUGUAUUUGAGUACAUGCAGGAGAACUUGUACCAGAUGAUCAAAGAUCGGGAAACACAUUUUCCAGAAAUUACAGUUAAGAGUAUUCUCUUUCAAGUGAUGAGUGGACUGGCAUUCAUGCAUCGACAUGGAUUUUUCCACAGAGAUUUAAAGCCCGAAAAUAUUUUGUGUUCGGGCCCGGAUACCAUCAAAAUUGCAGAUUUCGGACUAGCGCGUGAAAUAAGGUCACGACCACCAUACACCGAUUAUGUUUCGACACGAUGGUAUCGAGCACCAGAAGUACUACUGCACUCAACGCGAUAUAGUAGUGCCAUUGAUUUAUGGGCUGUUGGUUGCAUCAUGGCCGAACUCUAUACUUUUCGGCCACUAUUUCCGGGAAGCAGCGAGGUAGAUCAAUUGUUUAAGAUAUGCUCUGUAUUGGGAACACCAGACAAAAACGAUUGGUCCGAAGGCUAUCGACUAGCUUCUGUUAUCCAGUUUCAAUUUCCUGAAUGUCCAAAAGUGCCUUUGGAAACGCUAGUUACUCGUGCAUCUGCGGAAGGUCUUCAAAUGAUGGUUGACAUGUUGAUGUGGGACCCUGAUAGACGGCCGUCAGCACAACAAUCACUGAAAUAUCCAUUUUUUCAACAAAUAAAUAAAGGAAGGACUUCCGCGAUGCCAAUGAUCGGACUAGCAAAUAGGCGUUCGUCAUCAUCACAACAACAUCAAGAGGGAUCGCAACACAUUAAUACCACUCCACAAACCUUGUCAACGUUACCCCAAAAAAUAUAUGGCACAAGCUUAAACGACCUAAAUUCUAUUAUUAGUACCAGUAAAAUUUUACAACAACCUCCGAUACCUGCACCGCCAGCGGCAAUAGAACCUUCCACGGAACAAAAAUUUAGUAGUUCUAACAGAAUCUCCAGACGGAAUGAAGAGACUUUACAUAAUGGCCUUAGUAUGUUUGAGACGAUUGAUUCGUUGCCCGAGAAUUCGUCAACGGACGAUGAUCCACAGAAACCAAAAAACGAUUUUAAUUCCACCGUUAACGAUAUAUUGGGUGAAAGUAUUAGCAUAAACGACAGGUACCGUAGCGGACAUCAAAGUGUUAAUAGUAGUAAUAGUAAAAAUCGCGAAAAAAUUAGUGAUGUGUUCUUGACACGCCACCUUGAUAGUACAAGUAACUAUAGUAAUCGAACAAAAGACUACAGUGUAGAGAGUUUAAAUGAUUCAAUGAAAUCCAUGAAACUAGCAAACAUGAAUGAAAAUGGAGUGGGAACAUUCAGUAAUGGUGGCAGUUUCUUUCUACAUGGUACCGGCAACAAUAGUAAUAAGCCACAUAAACAGUAUCAAGAUAACUUAAGUGAAAGAAGUAAUGGCGAUAGUGGUUUUAAUGAAGCAAAAGUGUAUAACGUAUUUUCAAGACAAAACGUCGUGCCAGGAAAGAAAUCACAAACAGAUGAAAGUUUAGGAAGGGUGUCAGUUUUAGCUGCAAAAGCUAAGAAAACACCGUUAGACAGGUGGAGUGGAGGAAAAGAUAGUUUUGAAGACGACGAACUUGCGAGUAUUUUAGGAAGUAAGGUUAGAGUGUCAAAACCAGCCAAUGAAUUUAAUUUAGAAGACUUAUUUGGGACUGUAUCCGGGUCACUUUAUAAUAGUAGUAAUUAUAAUCAUAGUAAGAUAACCAGUGACAGGAAAGAAAAACAAAACCCAACUAAAUAUCCAAAUACGGUGCCUUUUGCAAAAGCACCUCUUCGAAGUUCUAUUUUCGGUGAUGUCUUUGAUAAUACAAAUACCGAUUGCAAACAUUCGAGUGCCCAGGUAGCCAUCCGACGAAACAGUAAAAACAGCAACAAUAUUUUUUCGUUCUUCUCGUCGAAUGAUAAGGCUUACAACAAUAAUGAUGGGCUAUUUAUCGAUAGCAAUACGAAUACUAAGAACGAUCGAAAAGGUCAAUUAAAGUUAUUUCAAUGGGAGGAAAAGCCAAAGUAUGCUAUACAAAAGUUUAGUAACUUUGGAAAUGACAUCCGGUUGUGUGAAUUCCGUUAG